AUGUAUUUUGAACUGCAAGUAUUCCAGAGGUUUCUCAUCUACUCUUCGCUUAUUCUCCUCUUCACCGUUGGACGAAUGCUAAAAAUUUUGCCAUUUUUCAAGUCGAUGAUCAGCAUCGCGAUGUGUAAAAUGACGGACACUUCCUUGCCGACAGAAAUUUACUGGGAUUCGCUAUUUACCUGGAAAAUGUUGCAGAACGUGUACUAUUGCCUACUCGCCGAUAUGGGAAAAAAGGUUAAAUUAAACAACAAAGCCUACAAUUCCCCUAUCGUUUCCAUCGAUGGCCAACGUUGUCAGAGAAUUUUAGACUUUGCAAAGGGUAGCCGACCAUUGGUGCUUAACUUCGGAAGUUCAACCUGCCCUGUUUUUAUGCAAAUGUUGAAAAGAUACCAACUGCUAAUGAAGGAGUUUCAAGAAAUGGCCGAUUUUGCUGUGAUCUAUAUUGAAGAAGCUCAUCCCGUCGAUGGCUGGGCAUUUAAGGUGAAAAACCAAAUCACGUUACGCUAUUUAAAGUUGUGGAGAAUGUAUUGUGUUUAUGUUAAAUCCAAAUCACUAGACACAGUUUGAAUAAUUUGUUUUGAAUUUUCACCCGAUUAUGCAAGUUGCUAUAUAAACAGUUGCUACCAUGAAUGUCUCCGGUCACUCGAAAUCACUCAAUGGGGCUUGGAGAACUGCCAUGAUAUAGUACCACGAUGAGAAACCAAACAAAUUCUGACAAUUUCCUCUUAUUUUUUGGUUUUAUCUCUAGGAUAACAGUGACAUCCCGAAGCACCGUACAUUGGACGAAAGAUGCAAGGCCGCUCAAAAAAUGGCGAAAUCCUUGGAUCUUUGCAGUUGUACUGUGGCGGUAGACAGCAUGCUAAAUGCUGCCAAUAUCGCAUACGGUGCUGUUCCAAUCCGCUUAUACAUCGUGCAGAGUAAUAAAAUUGCAUACGAAGGGGGCGCAGGUCCCAUGAAUUACCGGAUGCAGGAGGUCAAGGAAUGGCUGCAACGCUUCAGAGCAAGGCAAUCAGUUUAA